UAACAAUAUCUACAAAAAAAUUCCAAUAAUUAAAGCCUGAAGUUUACUCACAGACUUGAUACUUCAUCUAUAAAUACCCAACCCCCAAUCAAUUUACUCAACUCUCACCACUCAGCAAAUCUCAUCUUCAGGAUUAAGGAAAAUUGAAGUGUGGUGUGUGUAAUGGCUACUCGAAAUUUGGAGAAAUUGGCAUCUAUUGAUGCUCAGUUGAGGCUUUUGGUUCCUGGGAAAGUGUCUGAGGAUGAUAAGCUUAUUGAGUAUGAUGCUUUGCUUUUGGAUAAGUUUCUUGACAUUCUUCAGGAUUUACAUGGGGAAGAUCUUAAGGAAGCGGUUCAAGAAUGCUAUGAGCUUUCUGCUGAAUAUGAAGGAAAGCGUGACCCGAAGAAGCUGGAGGAGCUCGGAAGUUUGUUGACAAGUUUAGACCCCGGGGACUCCAUUGUCAUUGCAAAAGCUUUUGCUCACAUGCUUAGCUUAGCCAAUCUGGCUGAGGAAGUUCAGAUUGCUUACCGUCGAAGAAUCAAACUGAAGAAAGGUGACUUUGCUGAUGAGGCUAAUGCAACAACCGAAUCAGACAUUGAAGAAACUCUCAAGAAACUUGUGCAUAAGCUUAACAAGUCCCCUGAACAGGUCUUUGAUGCUCUCAAGAAUCAAACAGUUGACUUGGUUUUGACUGCUCAUCCAACUCAAUCUGUCCGCCGAUCUUUGCUUCAAAAGCAUGGAAGGAUUCGCGACUGUCUGGCCCAGUUAUAUGCCAAAGACAUCACUCCUGAUGAUAAGCAAGAACUAGAUGAGGCUUUGCAUAGAGAAAUUCAAGCCGCUUUCCGUACGGAUGAAAUCAGGAGGACCGCACCAACACCACAAGAUGAAAUGAGAGCAGGAAUGAGUUACUUCCAUGAAACAAUCUGGAAGGGUGUUCCGAAAUUCUUACGGCGUGUUGACACCGCUCUAAAGAAUAUUGGGAUUAACGAACGUGUUCCGUAUAAUGCCCCUCUUAUUCAGUUCUCUUCAUGGAUGGGUGGCGACCGUGAUGGCAAUCCGAGGGUAACUCCUGAGGUAACGAGGGAUGUUUGUUUGCUAGCCAGAAUGAUGGCUGCAAAUAUGUACUUUUCUCAGAUAGAGGAUCUAAUGUUUGAGAUGUCCAUGUGGCGUUGUACUGAUGAACUACGUGUUCGAGCAGAAGAAAUAUAUAGAACAGCAAGGAGUGAUGUGAAGCACUACAUAGAGUUCUGGAAACGGGUUCCUCCAACUGAACCUUAUAGGGUGAUUCUUAGCGAUGUAAGGGACAGAUUAUAUAAUACACGUGAACGUGCUCGCCAUAUACUAGCCCAUGGGAUAUCUGACAUCCCGGAGGAAGCUGUUUAUACCAACGUUGAAGAGUUCUUGGAACCACUGGAGCUAUGCUACAGAUCACUAUGUGCGUGUGGAGACCGUGUGAUAGCUGAUGGAAGCCUUCUUGAUUUUCUAAGACAAGUGUCUACAUUUGGACUAUCACUUGUUAAACUUGAUAUAAGACAAGAAUCCGAGCGCCACACGGAUGUCCUUGAUGCAAUCACUCAACAUUUAGAAAUCGGAUCCUACCGUGAAUGGUCAGAAGAAAAACGCCAAGAAUGGCUUCUAGCUGAACUCAGUGGAAAACGUCCUCUUUUCGGCUCAGACCUCCCCAAAACCGAGGAAGUUCAGGAUGUUUUAGACACGUUUAAUGUUCUAGCAGAACUCCCAUCCGACUGUUUCGGUGCUUACAUCAUCUCAAUGGCCACAUCACCUUCUGAUGUCCUUGCUGUUGAACUUCUUCAACGCGAAUGCCAUGUAAAACAACCGUUACGUGUUGUCCCCCUUUUUGAAAAACUUGCUGACCUGGAGGCGGCCCCAGCAGCCAUGGCCCGCCUUUUCUCGAUCGAGUGGUAUAAGAACCGAAUCGACGGUAAACAAGAAGUCAUGAUCGGGUACUCCGAUUCGGGAAAAGACGCAGGCCGGUUUUCAGCUGCGUGGCAGCUUUACAAAGCUCAAGAAGAUAUUAUUAAAGUUGCGAAAGAGUUCGGAGUCAAACUUGUUAUGUUUCAUGGGCGUGGUGGGACCGUCGGUAGAGGUGGUGGGCCCACCCAUCUGGCUAUCCUGUCUCAACCACCAGACACCAUUCAUGGGUCGUUAAGAGUCACGGUUCAGGGUGAGGUCAUAGAGCAAUCUUUUGGUGAGGAACAUUUGUGUUUUAGAACACUUCAGAGGUUUUGUGCGGCCACACUUGAGCAUGGGAUGAACCCACCGAUCUCACCAAGGCCCGAGUGGCGUGAACUUAUGGACGAGAUGGCCGUUGUUGCAACUGAGCAGUACCGUUCUAUUGUGUUCAAGGAACCACGUUUUGUCGAGUAUUUCCGCCUUGCAACACCGGAACUGGAGUACGGGCGUAUGAACAUCGGAAGUCGGCCAUCAAAAAGAAAACCGAGCGGUGGCAUUGAAUCACUGAGAGCGAUUCCAUGGAUCUUUGCAUGGACUCAAACGCGGUUCCAUCUCCCAGUGUGGCUCGGGUUUGGGGCGGCAUUCAAACACGCGAUUAAAAAAGACAGCAAGAAUCUUCACAUGCUUCAAGAAAUGUACAGAACAUGGCCUUUCUUUAGGGUCACCAUUGAUUUAGUUGAAAUGGUGUUUGCUAAAGGAGACCCGGGCAUCGCUGCCCUGAAUGACAAGCUCCUUGUUUCCGAAGAUCUGUGGUCGUUUGGAGAAUCUUUGAGAGGAAACUAUGAAGAAACCAAAGAUUAUCUUCUCAAGAUUGCUGGACAUAAGGACCUUCUUGAAGGUGAUCCCUACUUGAAACAAAGAAUUCGAUUGCGUGAUUCGUACAUCACAACCUUAAACGUAUGCCAAGCUUAUACCCUAAAACGGAUCCGUGACCCAAACUAUCAUGUGACAUUAAGGCCUCAUAUUUCCAAAGAAUACGCCGAGACAAGCAAACCGGCGGAUGAGCUUAUCCACCUGAACCCGACCAGUGAUUAUGCACCCGGUUUGGAGGACACACUCAUCUUGACCAUGAAAGGGAUUGCUGCUGGAAUGCAGAACACCGGUUAGGUUAAUCCUUAUGCAAAUAUAUACUGUACUGCAUGUUUUCUUGAGGUUUUUUUUUUACUGUAAUGGAAUCAUUGAUGGUGGUUUAUCCAAAAGAUUAUGAUUUAUUGUACACUUGGUUACAAGUGAUUUUAUAAAUUGCUUUGCUUUCUA